AUGUCGACGUGGCAGAUAUUCUCCGAUGACCAGAACAAUUUCCGGUGGGAAACGACCGUUCGGCAGCUCCAGGAAGAAGAACAGUACGACGCUGCAGCUCAACAGCUCGCCGCCACUCGCCGCCUCCCUUCCAUGGCUGAUCUAUUGCUUCUAGGUUGUUCGGAGUUAUUGGAGAAUGGAACGGAGAAUGUGGAGAACCCGACCAUGUUUCGAACUGGAUUGGGGAGAUGUGUUGAUGUGAAGCAGUCGUCGAUGGAAAAAGCACGUUCAGUUCUUGGUGAUAUGAAUUACGAUGCAAUUGAUGCAGGCCACUUGGUCUUGGGAGAAAAUGGGGCUUCUCCCUUGAAACUAAUACCCGAGACUCGCUUGGUGAAAUCUGCAGCUGUAUUUAUGUCUGGUUUGCAGGGUACUUCAAGGAAUGCAGUUAAUAUGUCAAAUACAAUGUUCCAAACAGGCUCGGGGAAAGCAGUUAACAUAUCUUCAGCCGGCCUACUUAGAGCAAAAAGCUUAUUAGGUCUGGAGGAAAAUUGGGACCAAGAGUAUGGAAAUGGGUUUGAGCAGAAACAGCAACAGCCGAGUUCUACCGAGCUCCUUUCUUGGGAAAAUCUAUCUCAUUUACAGACCAAGGACCCAAGUAACUUAACCAUUAGUAGUGCCACUAAGGUUACAUCAUCCAUAGUUAAGUCUGGUUCUGAGAUAAGUGAAUCAUUGAACUUUCCUGAUUUCAUGAACACUGCCGCCAAGCCUCCUCCAGUCAAAUUCCUAACUGCUAGCGGUGCCGCAUUAAAACGAGCAAAGAGCUUGCUCGGAAAUCCUGAGUGUGACUCAUUUCUUAAUGAAGCAAGCACAGUCGAGCUAAUGCUUCCUUUAGCUGAUGAUGGAACACCGGUUGUGCGUCAAACCCAAAGAGAGAGUUUAGUACGCCAUUUUCAAGAAAAUUUAAAGAAAAUGGUGACAGUUCAUCGAGCAUGUUUACAUCUCCCCAUGGAUCACAUUUACUCCGAAAGCAGUCAUUUGCUGAAGAAUGAACCGUACUCAGGCAAAACUGAUGUGGGAAAUGCUUUUCAGCAUAACAUUGUUCCGCCCAAGAGGUCUUCCAAUGGGGCACUGGUGGAUAUUUCAAAUACCAUGAAUACAGAUUGCCAGGAUCACAAACAAUAUUUGGGUGAUAAGAAAAGACUUGGCAGGACUAGUUCCUCAUCUCCGUUCAAGAGGCCCAAAGGUUCAUUUGUUACCCCUUUAAAGAAAAAUAGCAUUUCGGCUACUAAAGAUUUACAUAGGUUAGCACCAAAAGAGGCGUCCUGCAAACAGAGGGUUUCCACGAGAUACCCACUUCAGGCUUCACGGGCGUAUAUUAAAGAGUAUCUUUUGCAGCCUCCUUCGGUCCAAAAGGAGCUGGAGAACUUGCCUGAAUAUGUGAAGAGAAUGAACCCUUCUGCUGCUGUGAGUUACACAUUUACAAAAGAAAUACCUCCAGAUUGUAGCGGACCAGAAGCAUUUUACGGGAUGUUGUCUCAGUAUGGGGCUUCAGUUCCAUACUUGACCAAAGAGUGGGUGGCAAACCACUAUAAGUGGAUACUAUGGAAACUUGCCUCUUACGAAAGGUGCUAUCCUGCUAAAUUUGCUGGAAAACUGUUAGUUGUCUCUAAUGUACUCGAAGAACUAAGAUACAGAUAUGAGAGAGAAGUAAAUCAUGGGCAUAGGUCACCCAUCAAGAAGAUCUUAGAUGGAGAUGCACCACCUUCUUCAAUGAUGGUUCUCUGUAUUUCCACUGUUAGUGAGAAUCAUGACCUCAGGUCUGGAAAUCAUAUUGUUUCCCCAGAUGAUGGCAAAGAUAAAGCUCCAGCAAUUGAAUUAACUGAUGGGUGGUACUCUAUGAAAGCUCUGUUGGAUGAACCCCUAUCUCAGAAGCUUGCUUCAGGGAAGUUGUUUCUUGGGCAAAAGCUCAGGAUCUGGGGAGCAAAACUUAGUGGGUGGGUUGGGCCUGUUUCACCCUUUGAGGCAUAUCAGACAACUAGUUUAUUAUUGCAUAUGAACGGUACAUACAGAUGUCAUUGGGCUGAGCGGCUGGGAUUCUGCAAACAUGCUUUUGGUCCAUUGGCAUUCAGAUGCAUCAAGGAAACUGGAGGAGCAGUCCCCAGUACUUUAGUUGGCGUAACUCGGAUAUACCCACUUCUCUAUAGGGAAAAGUUAAGUAAUGGGAGUUUUGUUGUGAGGUCCGAGAGGAUAGAAGCAAAGGCACUGCAAAUGUAUAACCAAAGGCGUGAUACAAUAGUUGAAGGUAUCAUAUCAUCAUUUCAGAGAGAAGCCGAAUACGAUCUCGGUGGUGAUCAUGAAAGCGAAGAAGGGGCCAAGCUUAUGAAGCUACUCGAGACAGCUGCUGAACCAGAGGUUUUAAUGGCGGGGAUGAGCUCGAAGGAACUAACUUCCUUUGCAUCUUAUAAAGCUAAGUUGGAGUCGAAGAGGCAGUCAGAGAUGCAAAAGUCUAUUGAGAAAGCAGUGGAGGAUGCUGGGCUUACUGAGAGAGAUGUCACUCCAUUUUUGCGCAUUAAAGUUGUUGGCUUGACAAAUAGAUGCAAAAAUUCACGGAAGUCUCGUCCACAUCAAGGCUUGAUAACAUUGUGGAACCCGACUCAAAAACAGACACUACAGCUCUGUGAAGGGAAAUCAUAUGCUGUUAAAGGUCUUCUACCAUCUAAGUCUGAUCCGUAUACCCUCUGUUUACAAGCAAGAGGAUCGUCCAGCAAGUGGCUGCCUUUGUCCCCCGUGAUGAUGGAAAAUUUCGAGCCAUUUUUUGAUCCUCGCUCUUCGACUGCAAUAUCGACGUUGAGUAAAGUCCCUCUGUCCGGGGAGUUUGACAUUGCUGCUUUCAUCGUUUAUGUGGGAGACGUGUAUAGGCAUGGUCAUCAACAAAAACAGUGGGUAUUUGUAACAGACGGGUCUACUAAAGAAGUUUAUUCGUCAGAUGCAAUACUGGCAAUUAACUUCUGCCUGCCAUGGGUUGAAUUUGAUUCUUGUGCACCAGUAAACUACAAUGCUGCUGGAUCUGUGGUUGGGUUCGUUAAUCUCACCAAGAGACCAAGAGAUCAAGUAAAUGGCCUGUGGGUGGCUGAAGCUACUGAAAACUCGGAUUAUUUUCUAAGUUACGAUCAAAAGUGUGGAAACCACUUGAAAGAGGUAGCUGCUUCUGUCUUAAAAUGGGCAAAUACAUCAAAACUGGUAAUCGAGAAGCUGCAGCGGAACAUUUUAUCGAUAAUCCGAAACUCACAAGACAGAAGCCGAUGA